CUCUGGCCCCCAACUUUGGCGGAGGACUUCCGCUAGAGACAGGCGUGUGGUUUGGAAAGUGGAGCAGCGGCAGACAUGCAGGCAGCACGCACAGGUUUUAGGUCACACUGCAGAUGCUCCGACUGUCUGCUGCUGUCCUGGUGAUGCUGGCACAGUGGCAGUUAGGCACAGUGGCAGUUAUUCCCAGUGGAGCUCACCCUGUUGUUGCAGGAGCACCGGAAGCCUCCCGGAGUUCCAGCAAAAGCACCAUGCCUUUUACACAAAGGCCUGGGAUCCAACAUCACAGAUUCGCCCUCAUCGUGCCUUUCCCGACUUCUUUGGAGGCAGAAAUCGCCUGUGGGUCCUUAGCUCCUGAUGUCGAACCACACCGAGGACUGGUAGGGAAGGAGCUUAAAGUGAGCGGCAGCAUGCUGGAGGUACACUGGAUCGCAGAAGAUUCUCGCCUCCUCCGAAUUUCCAUCAUGAACUUUCUUGACCAGCUUUCUCUAGUGGUGAACACCAUACAGCACUUUGGGCCCCCUAUUUCCUGUUAAGCCUGGCUGAAAAGAGGGGCCCAAGUCUGACCUUACUUCCAUCUCCUCCUAAACAGUACAGUUUUCCCUAGGGAAAAGAUUCCAGAAAUAGUAGCUGCUACUUCAAUAAAGGGGCCCGCCUAAUUUUUUUGCCUGAUUUGGUUCUCAGGCACUUAGGGGCCAUUUGGUAUGGUGCUUAAAUGUUUGUUGCUGAAGAAAAUAAAGCUGGGCUUCUAAUCUGCAUUUGAGUUUGUUUUCAUACUCUAGAUUUGCUUUGACUUUUUCCUUGUGUGGAUGAGAGGCUCUGGAAUUCAGGUAUUUGUGAGAACAAGUUAAGAGUGUUCACCUAAUAUAUAAGGUCACCAGUUCAGUCCCCAGCACUGGCAAAGUAGAUUAUUAGAAAGUAAAUGAAGACAAUUUCAGAGAUAAAGGAAAAUAAAAACUACAUGCACUGUGGUGGUUUCUGUAGGAAUGGCUCCCAUAGGUUCAUAUAUUUGAUUGCUGGGUCAUCAGGGAGUUGCACUAUUAGAGGAGGUGUGGCCUUGUUGGAGGAAGUGUGUUACUAGGGCUGGCUUUGACGUUUCCUGAUGUUGUUCAUCAAGCCAGGCCCAGUGUCACUCUCUUCCUGCUGCCUGUGGAUUCAGAUAGAACUCUCAGCUACCUCUCUGGCACCCUGUCUGCCUGCAUGCUGCCAUGAUGAUAAUGUUCUAAACCUCUGAACUGUAAGCCAGCCCCAAAUAAAUUCCUGCUUUAUAAGA